AUGCUCUCCACGUUCUCGCUUGUCUUCUUCGCCGCCACGAGCGUACUUGCUCUCCCCGUGUGCAACGUCGUGCUCCCCACCUCCACCACCUCCAGCAACCUCUCAUACUGGACGACGGAUCCAUCGCUGCCGAAGCCGUCGCCGCUCUCGGACGCGACCUUCCGGCCACACAACGAGAUCACCGCGCUCUCCCAUGACUACGUGACCGCACCGGACGGGAAGAAAUCGAUGAAGGCCCACUACCCCGCGGGUUCCUACACGUUCUCUGGGCCCAUCCAGGGCGGGUUCUCGUUCUACGCCCCAGGCCCGGCCAACCUCGACCUCACGACCGCGAAGGAGGCCACGUUCGGGUACGACGUGUACUUCCCGUCCGGCUUCAACUUUGUCAAGGGUGGCAAGCUUCCCGGUCUCUAUGGUGGCGAUAGCGACGACGAGGCCAUGUCCUGCUCGGGCGGGCGGCGCGACGACGGCUGUUGGUCUUCGCGACUCAUGUGGCGCACGGGCGGCGCGGGCGAGCUCUACACCUACCUCCCGCCGGACUACCCGGAGAAUGACGCGGUGUGCGACCAGCCGCCGUACUCGACGUGCAACUCGGUGUACGGCGCGUCCGUCGGCCGCGGCUCGUUCUCGUGGAAGACGGGCGGGCGGACGACGAUCUCGCAGCGCGUGCGCCUCAACGACGCGGGCAAGGCCAACGGCGAGCUCGAGCUCUUCGCGAACGGGAAGAGCGUCGUGAGCGUCGGCGGGCUCGUGCUCCGCGACUCCUCCGCGGGGCGCAUCCGCGGGAUGCAGAUGCAGACGUUCUUCGGCGGCUCCGACAGCAGCUGGGCGACGCCGACCGACCAGAACGUGUACUUUUCCGACUUCUCCGUCGCGAUCACCGAGACGCUCUGA